AUGGACAAUGACACCAUCCUCGACAGCUUCAUCCUUUUGGGCUUCUCAGAUCGUCCCAGGCUGGAAAAGAUCCUCUUUGUGGUCGUGACUAUCUUUUACGCGGUCACCCUAGCGGGCAACAUCACCAUCAUAAUCCUGUCCCGCAUAGACCCCCAGCUCGACGCCCCCUUGUACUUCUUCCUCACCCAGCUCUCCUUCCUGGACCUCUGCUUCACCACCAGCUGCAUCCCUCAGAUGCUGGCCAAUCUCUGGGGCCCAGACAAAACCAUCAGCUUCCUGGGAUGUGCAACUCAACUCUACAUCUUCCUGGGACUGGGAGCUGCCGAGUGUGUGCUGCUGCUGGCCGUGGCCUUCGACCGCUACGUGGCUGUGUGCCGGCCUCUGCACUAUGCGGCCGUCAUGCACCCACGCCUGUGUCAGACGUUGGCGUUCCUGGUCUGGACUAGUGGGAUUUUGGGCACCUUGGUGCACUCCCCCACCACCAUGAAGCUGCCCUUCUGCCGUCAUCACCGGGUGGAUGACUUUGUCUGUGAGGUCCCUGCAUUGAUCCGCCUGGCCUGCGGAGACACGCAGGUCAGCGAGCUGCAGACCUCAGUGAUCGGUGCGGUCUUCCUGAUGGGGCCGCUCCUGCUCAUCCUCGUCUCCUACGGCCGCAUCGCCAGGGCGGUGCUGGCCAUGCGGUCCCGGCAGGGGCGGAGCAAGGCCUUCCACACCUGCUCUUCCCGCCGGGCGGUCGUCUUCCUUUUCUACUGUAGUGUCACUGCCGUCUACAUCCAGCACCGGAGCCAUUUUUCCCAGAAGGGAGGGAAAUUCCUAACUCUUUUCUAUACUGUGGUGACCCCACGCUCAACCCCCUCAUCCGCACUUUGA